GUUUCGUCACGUGACUCAGUCAGCCAAGAUGGCCGAGCGACGGCUGCUGUGGCAGUUGGAAAACGGAUAAAUCCUAGUCAGAAUUUCUAACAAAUGCGAUAUCCAAUGUUAUUAUGCCCUCAAAUAGAGGAUAAUGAGCAAAGAACUGAAAUUAAAAAGUCCCGUCGGCGCGGAAUCGGUCGCUUACUCGUGGCCUUUUCCGUCUCAUCCGUUUAUGUUAACCCUUUGCCACCCACCGACUUCGCGCCAUUUCCUCGCCAACUUACUUUUCUAAUUUUAUAUAGAUGGGUCGGUAAAGAUGUUGAAGAAUUAAACGUGGUGACUCGUAAUUUAAUAAGUGACUGUGAUAUUAAAAGUUACGAAAGCGUUAAAAAUCUUUGUGAUAGAUACAAUAAGGCAAUCGACAGAAUUCUACAACUCAGGAAAGGCAUAGCCAGACCAUCGGGUACGCCUCUAAGACCAUGCAAUGGGCUUCUUAAACAUAUUUUACAACAAUGUUAUGUAAGAGCAGUCCUAGAGCCGGAAAAACUUAAUCAAUACGAGCCGUUUUCACCUGAGGUAUACGGGGAGACGUCAUACGAAUUAGUAGAACAGAUGCUCAAAUAUAUCAAGAAAGAUUUUAGCGACGAUUGUUUAUUUAUUGAUCUCGGAAGCGGAGUUGGGCAGGUCGUACUGCAAGUGGCUGCUUCGACAACUGUUAAGCGCUGCAUAGGAAUUGAGAAGGCAGAGUAUCCUUCCUCGUGUGCUAUAAACAUGCAAAUAGAAUUUAGGAAAUGGAUGAGUUGGUUCGGAAAAACAUUCUCCGAGUUCGAAAUUAUCCGGGGUGAUUUUAUCGACGAGCAGUUUAGAGACUCCAUUAGAGAGGCCGAUGUAUUGUUUGUGAACAAUUUUGCUUUUGGUCCCCGAGUAGACCUUGAGCUAAAAGAAAGAUUUAACGACAUGAAAGAAGGUGCAAAGAUUGUAUCAUCGAAAGCAUUUUGCCCAUUGAACUUUCGAAUUAAUGAUCGAGCGUUAAAAGACGUAGCAUCUAUAUUAACUGUCGAAGAACUAACUCCUAUGAGCGGUAAUGUGUCUUGGACGUGCAAACCUGUUACUUUUACUUUACAUACAGUCAAUAGGUCCAUGUUGGAAGAUUAUUUCAAAGGGUUAAAAAAUCCGUCUAUGAGGCAGGAGGAAGAAAAGAUUGUAAGAAAAGACAGAAAAGGCAGAGUGAUAGGAUCUUACACGAAUGGAGUGAAACUUAGCGGGCAGGUUGGCGAAAAACAAAGUAAUGGUGAUAAGUCCACAUCGGAGCGCAGAUGUAGUACUUCAUCUACAGACGGCGCAAAGAACGACUUAUUCGGCCCAACUACCAGAAGACAAUGGAAUGAAUGGGUUCGGUCAAAUACUGCCUGCCAGCCAUCUUCGAAUGAAGAUAACGAAAGGCAGGAGAACGAAAACCGUAAAAAAAGAGAAAAGAAGGAUAGAAAGCGUUCUCGAAGACGCCCGCUCCUCACAGUCGCUAGUAAGAAAGUUCAGGCAAAUGCCCAAAAGAAAAAAGCUUUGGGAAUGGAUGCUUUGAAUCUUUUUCACAAUCAUACCCUAAUGUCUUCUCAAGGCGGUCAACAACUGGAUUCUUUUAAUUGUAAAGUUAUGACAAAUCAUCUGAAAGAUGCCCAGUCGGCCCCAGCACAAAAGGAGCAAAAUUUACCUUCCGUUGCGGUAGUACCUACCCAUCGACCAGCCAUUCCGGUAAACCAAAAUCUUCCUCCUGAACUAGUCGAAUCUAUUGAUCAGUUUUAUGAAUCACAAAGACAGCAAGCGGUCGAAUUUUUCAAAUAUGCUCAGAGUGAGCAGUAUGUGGAAGCUGUAGAGCAAGAAUUGAAAAAAGAGCGCGAAAAAAAUAAUUCUCUUAAACAAACGUUGCAAAAAUUGGAGAAACAGAGUGAACUCUUAACAAAAGAUGGUUUGGAUAAAUUGAAAAGUCGAUUGUCAGAGUGCCAUGUUAAUGCUCAAACCCCUUCCGAAUUCUUGAGCAAAGCAAAGGAUAUAGUAACAAAAUUCAAGUGCUUGAAUCAGAAACUGGAUCAAGAGCAACAAACAGUUAAUAAGCUUGAUCAAGAAAGAAUAAAAUUAUUGGAAAUGCGAAAACAAGAGCAGAAGAGUAUUGUAUCAUCUGGAAAUUUGGGUUUAGACCAGAAGCCUGCAAUAAAUUCUAAGCUGUCAGCUGGUAAUCCAUCGUUGGGAGAUGAUCAUACAAAAUCGCAACGAGAACGGAUAACAAUGAAAUUAGAUAUCCGUCAACCAGAUAAGGUGAAAGUACUUGGUGCUAAAGCAGAUACAAAAGCUAAGAAAAACCCUCAAAAUUUAACCCUUGUAAAUGACCCUUAUUCUUUCGUUGAUUCUGAGACAACCGUUACAAAAGGCAGGAGUUCUGUCAAAUCUGAUCUACCUGUUCUAACCCAGGCUCUCUUGGGAAAAUCGCCUUUAAAUAGGAUAGCCUCAGCGACAAAACGAACAUCGACUUCACCCAUCGAUCCGCCACCGCCAAUAAAAGAACAGAAAAGACCCAAAACAAAGGAUGCACCAUCCAGACCAAGUUCUUCGUCUAGUACAUUGUCAGCAGACAGUAACCCGUCUGUUCCGACUUCUCCUAGAGCUAAGCUUCUUCCCCGAUCAAAAUCUGAUCAAGAUCAAUUAGUUGAUAAAGUUAAAGACGCACUUUUGCCCCACGAUCGUUCGAAACCCGCAUUCGCUCCAUUAACAAAUCAAUCAGGGACAUACUUACCACCACCACCUCCGCACCAUCCCCAUCCGAAUAUCAUGCCGCUAUUGCCGCCUUUUUUUAUUCCACCGUACCCAAGCAGUUUAUCUUCAUCCUACACUUCGGUAGCGAAAAAAAGUAACGGUAUGAUAAAGCACCCCAAACAGUCACCAAAUGGCUGGGAACAAGUAUCAUCAGGGCUUGAUGUAUUAUUUGCAGCCUCAUCUGAGAGACCAACAAGUUCUCCGAAUGGUGAGGGUUUAAGUAAUUCACUCGGAUCUUGUAGCGUAGGUCAGUCCCGUAGUGAAGUUACUGACCAAGAUAACGAUAGCACUAAGUAUGAUAAACACUUCAAGAAGAAACUCUUCAUGCGACAACGGCAGGCUGCAGUUCAAAAUACUAAACAAGCAAAGUUCAAACCAAAGGGUAAGGAUUAUCCUCGGGAAAGUGACGCGACUGAUAGUUUACAACUAAUCAAAAUCUUUUCACCCUUACCGACAUUUUUAUUUUACGCCACCUGCAGACUAGAAGCUGCAUUAAUUGACCUUAGUGGAACAUUACAUAUAGAUAAUGAGCCUACCAGAAAUGCAGUAUCUUCAUUGCAUAGACUACGGGAAAGUGGAGUGAAAGUGAAAUUUGUAACUAAUACAACUAAAGAAUCGCUCUCAAGUUUAUAUAACCGUUUGAUUAAUAUAGGAUUUUCAAUUGAUAAGAAUGAGAUUUACACUUCAUUGACGGCAGCUAAAAACUAUAUAACAGAAAAUAAAAUAAGGCCUCUAUUGCUGUUGGAUGAUGAUGCGAAAAAAGACUUUGAUGGAGUUGUGGAAACGGAGCCAAAUGGGGUUGUUGUUGGUCUUUCUCCUAAAUCUUUCAACUACGAUACAUUGAAUAAAGCAUUUCGCCUACUUUUACAUGGCCAUCCAUUGAUAGCUAUUCAUAAAGCUAGAUAUUUUAAGAAAGCGGAUGGUUUAUAUUUAGGGCCUGGACCGUUUGUAUCUGCCUUGGAAUACGCUUCGAACGCGAAGCCAAUUCUAAUUGGAAAGCCUAAUGAAUCAUUUUUCCAAGAAGCUCUCAGUCAAUUGAAUUGUCAAGCUAAUAAAACUGUUAUGAUAGGUGAUGAUGUACACGAUGACCUUGAAGGAGCGUCAAAAAUUGGAAUGAAAUCGGUCUUAGUGAAAACUGGAAAGUAUAGAGAGAAGGACGAAUGCAAAAUCCCAAAUUUUCGGCCAACCUGUAUUGUCAAUGACUUCUCCGAAUCUGUUGAGUGGAUUAUUGACCAAAAUUUAUUAUAA